GGGGGGGGCAGUGCGGGACGUGGCGGCGGAGCGGAGGGCGGGAGGGAGCGGCACCAUGACCCGCGGGAACCAACGCGAGCUGGCGCGGCAGAAGAACCUGAAGAAGCAGAGCGAUUCGGGCAAGGGCAAACGGCGCGACGACGGGCUCUCGGCCGCCGCUCGCAAGCAGAGGGACUCGGAGAUAAUGCAGCAGAAGCAGAAGAAGGCGGACGAGAAGAAGGAGGGCGCCAAAUAGCGGCGGGCCGCCGAGCGAUGCCCCGCGGGCUGUGCUGAGCGAUGCCCCGGGCCGCCCCGCCCCGCCGGGCUCUCCGGCAGCGCCCCUCUCCCAUUAAAGUAGCUCGUGGAGCCCUGCAG